GCAGCACCGAUUUAAAAAAUUUGUCCACCUUAUCGGGUCACACCAAACAGGGCACAGAAAAAAAAGUGAAAUGAAUAAUAGUUUCACAUCCGCCACUAAACUCCGAGACCAAAUCGUUGCAAAGAAGAAGAAACUCAAAGAACAGAGUUAGUGAGCCGUUUCUCUGAGGAAGCGUCUACGGUAGUAACGGUGAGGUUCUGUUAUCUUAACAUUCGUUUUUCAACCGUUCCUCGCGCCCCCGUGGAUGGGCCAGGCAGCUUCCACGGCCACCGUCGUUUGCCGUCGCGAAAGCGCUCAAGGCAACCGCUCCGUCAACGCCUCCAAGACCAGAUCCACCGCCUCGGUUACUCCGAUGGUUGGUUAUGGCGCCGGCGAGGACUACAACGGAAACCGUUGUGGCGAGGUUUUUACUGAUGGAAUCGCUGACUACAUCUCCGAUCUCCCGAACGAGUGCUUGGCUUCAGUGUUUCAGUUUCUCGGCUCCGCCGAUCGGAACCGCUGCUCACUCGUUUGUCGGCGGUGGCUUCAGAUCGAAGGACAGAGCCGUCACCGUCUUUCUCUGAACGCGCAAAUAGAGCUUUUGCCGGCAAUACCAUCGCUUUUUUCUCGCUUCGAUUCGGUGACAAAACUGGCGCUCAAGUGCGACCGCAGAUCCGUGAGCAUCAGAGACGAGGCGCUCGUGUUGAUCUCCGAGCGGUGCCCUAACCUCACACGUCUCAAGCUCCGUGCGUGCCGCGAACUCACCGACGCAGGCAUGGAGGCCUUCGCGAAGAACUGCAAGGGCUUGAAGAAGCUCUCGUGUGGAUCGUGCACCUUCGGAUCGAAAGGCAUGAACGCGGUUCUGGACAACUGCGCCGCGCUCGAGGAACUCUCCGUCAAGCGCCUCCGUGGAAUCACCGACGCAGCGGCGGCGGAGCCGAUCGGUCCCGGAGUCGCGGCGUCGUCGCUCAAAACCGUUUGCUUGAAGGAGCUGUACAAUGGACAGUGUUUCGGCACGUUGAUUCUAGGAGCGAAGAAUCUGAAAACCUUGAAGCUUUUUCGGUGCUCCGGCGAUUGGGACAGGCUCUUUCAGCUCAUGGCCGAUCGUGUAACGAACGUGGUUGAGGUCCACCUCGAGAGGCUUCAGAUUAGCGAUGUUGGAUUGCAAGCUAUUGCCAAUUAUUCGAGCUUGGAAAUUUUGCAUCUCGUUAAGACACUUGAAUGUUCUGAUAUUGGACUUGUUGCAAUUGCAGAACGAUGCAAGCUUCUAAGGAAGCUUCACAUUGAUGGGUGGAAAGCAAAUCGUAUUGGUGAUGAAGGGUUAAUAGCUGUUGCAAAGGGUUGCCCUAAUUUACUUGAACUAGUGCUUAUUGGGGUUAACCCCACUAAGUCAAGUUUGGAAAUGUUGGCGUCUAAUUGCCAGAAUCUUGAGCGGUUGGCUUUGUGUGGAAGUGAUACGGUUGGUGAUCCUGAGAUAUCUUGCAUUGCUGCAAAGUGUGUGGCUUUGAAGAAACUAUGCAUUAAGAGUUGUCCUGUUUCCGAUAAAGGGAUGGAAGCAUUGGCUAGUGGGUGUCCCAAUUUGGUUAAAGUGAAGGUUAAGAAGUGUAAGGCUGUUACCUCUGAGGGUGGAGAUUGGUUGAGGAGGACUAGGGGUUCAGUUGCUGUUAAUUUAGACACUGGCGAAACAGAGCUUCAGGAAGCGAGUGCUAGUGAUGGAGGGGCACAAGACAAUGGAUUGGAGUUUCCUCCAUUGCCUGCACAAAUAGCAGCAGCAUCUGCAUCGGCUAGUAUUGCGACAUCGAGCAGUACUGCUCGGUCUAGUUCAUUCAAGUCAAGAUUAGGACUUUUGUCUGGGAGGAGUUUAGUGGCUAGCACUUUGAGAAGAUGGUCGGGUGGUAGUACUAGUGCGCGCCAUGGUUAGGGACAAAGCUAAGGCAAACCUGAGUCGUUGACCAUUUUUCAUUGUUUUGUGUUGUAUCAUUGUUUUGUGUUGUACUAAAAUUUGAAAUUUAUGCCUUGUGAUGUUUAUUGCCCUUUGAAUUGAAUCUUCACCGUUGAAGUGACAAUCAUAUUUUUUCCCUCUUUAAUUGUCGUUGGUGCUCUACUUUGUUUGGUAGACUCACUUAUGUAUCCUCUCACUGAUCUGGCGGAUGUCAUUUCAUAUCAUAUACAUACAUGGAGGAUAAUACUACAUAUUAAAAAACUAGAAAUAUUAAAACUGCCACAUAUGAGACAUUGUUUGCUUGUUUGUACGUUUUAAACAGUCUAUAUCUCUUGAAUUUCUUUCUGUGAUUCAUAUUCACAUCACCUUAGCCUACUGCACAGUAUUGUAUCAACUUAACCUCGAUUCCUAGAUUUGAUUGAUUGGAAACUACCGCAUGUAAAGUUUCAUGUAGGCUAAAGAAGAGCUGGCUUUUAUGGUGCAAACUACAGUAUUUUGUGUUAGAUGUUUGAUAAUGAAUGCUCUGAUGUGCUUCAUUUUUUGUAUGCACAUUUGUUUAGUUUUUUUGUGCUGCAACUGGGGGUAUUCACUCUAAUCAGUGUAUGUAAGACUUCUGCAUGAGUUUGGCAGGAUUUGAUUUCAUUGGUAGCAGGCAGGUGACGUUUUAUUUGCAUCCGUUGUCUUUUUGGAAGACAAGGGCAAGUGAUACAAGCCCAAUUGUUUGUUGAUUUCAUUGAAAUUACUGAACUGCUAUUAUUCUUUGAUUUACCCUCUCUCUUCCUUCGAGUUUCCCCUCUUAAUUGCUGGAUAACAAUGCCAAUGCUAUUUGGGGUUGGAAAUUUCAAGGUACUUUGAUCUUAUAGUGUAAAGCUAACAGAAAAUAAGGAUUUUUUUUUUUCGGGUUCGUAUGUGUUGAAGGCUUCAUUUUCGUUUUGAGUUUUUGGGUUUUCAUGUUGAUAACAUUGCUAAAAUUGUGAGGAAAUUAUGUUGAUUUAUUUCUGAUUUGAGAGUUAUGUUGAUUUGUUUCA